AUGCCUUCGGUCCCUCCACCACCGCCUCCACUUCCCGAACCGCAGACUCCUGACUUCCAAACGCCGUCGUCCUCACCAUCAAGACAGAACAAAGCUCUAAGCGACACCACGACUACGUCUAUAUCAAGGUCAGAAGGCGAGGAUGUCGACUCGUUCCUCAUCCGCAGCACAUAUGCGCAACUCGAACACACUGGCGUGAAAGGCGACGGAUAUGAGGAAGGCGUUGAGCGUACUCGGGCGCGCGCACGCGUGAGUAGUGCGAGUGCUCUCCGUAUGGAGGCAGCCACUGGGGAUCCGUCGGACAAGUACCGCGAGCUGGAUGAAAAGGAGGUCGAUCUGCUCGCCAGUUUGGACCGCUAUGGCUUCUUUAAUACCCCAUCGCACGACCGACUGAUACUUCUACCCGCUGCUCCAUUGCAAAAGCACUUGAGCGUGGUCGCUGCAGGUUCCCCCUCAGCCCCUUCCCAGGCACAGUCCCUGAGUCAGCUACCAACGCCAGGUUCCCCGCCGAAGGAGACAGAGCGGAUCGCCAAAUGGGGCCGCAUGUUCGAGGUACGCAGUCGGGACAAGGGUGGGAACGUGGCCACUUGGGGCGUGAAGCAGGCAAAAGAGCACAAGCUGCGGCGGCGCGCAUACAAGGGCAUCCCGGACCGCUGGCGCAGCGCCGCAUGGCAGGUGCUCAUGGACCAGUUCGCGAACUCAGGCCACGACGAGCUCACCCGGCUCGGCAACGAAUAUCGCGAGGAGCUCGGCAAGCCGUCGACAUACGAUAUCCAGAUUGACCUGGACGUGCCGAGGACGAUUAGUGGGCAUAUUAUGUUUCGGACGCGGUACGGUGUGGGUCAACGGUCACUAUUUCACGUUCUUCACUCUUUCUCUUUACGAUGCGAAACGUGCGGAUAUGUUCAAGGCAUGGGUCCGAUUGCUGCGACACUCCUCUGCUACAUGGAGCCCGAGCGCGUUUAUGCCGCGCUCGUGCGGUUACAUGACGCGUACUCGAUGCACAGUAUCUUUAGCCCCGGCUUCCCUGGUCUACUUGAGGCGAUCUACGUGCAGGAGCGACUAAUGGAAAUGUAUAUGCCUGACGUGUACAACGCAUUCAAGAAGCACGCGAUCUCCACGACUUCGUACGCGACCAAGUGGUAUAUCACGCUUUUUGCGAACAGCGUGCCAUUCCAGACGCAGCUACGCCUAUGGGACGCGUAUCUCCUCGAUGGCCAGGACGUGUUCGUUGCCGUUGCACUUGCAGUUGUGUGGGUCUACCGGGAUCACAUCACGGCAACCUCCGCCAACUUUGAGACAGUGCUCUCCAUGCUAUCAUCAUUUUUCAUCCCGGAAUCCGAUAAUGACCUACUGGCAUGGAUAGAACAUAUGCUUGGGGACAAGAAAAUUCGUGCGCAAAUAACGGACUGGCGCAAGCAGUGGCGGGAGCUUGUUGCUAGUGGACGCGACCGCGACGCACUGCUUUAG